GAUUAUAUGAGUUAUUUUACUGAGAAAUCGAUCAGAAGAGCCGUGAAGAUGGUCAGAUCCGUCAGAUCCGCCUCUCUGGCUGCAAUGCGCGCUCCCGACACAGGGGGAACAGAUUUUCACAGGGUAACAGAAUUUCGCACAAGACCUCUUUAAGCUCUUUUUUUUGCCACCAGAGGGCAGUGUUGUUACUGUGCUAAACUCAAAGACGGAAAACGACGUGGCAGCCAUACAGGUCACUUCCUGUGUUUGGCGUAGUGUUGACAUCCGCCUCCCGUUGUCAUUCCUUACGUGUGCCAAACUGAAGUAUCUUUUAAGUGAUUUAUCCAGCAGCGACUGGUAGGUAAAGAGGCUUUCAACGAACAUGCGCAGGGGGCUGCAGGAACUAAGCAGCCGGGCAGGAGAGAUGAUUGCUGGGCUGAUGUUGGUCCUUUUUGGAGGACUAUUGGGGGUCUGCAGCGACGUCUCUGCAAACAGAGGGGGGUAUCCCUCAUUUACUGAUGAGAUUCCUUUUAAAAUAACCUGGCCGGGUGCUGAAUUCAGACUGCCAACUUCAGGUGCUCCUUACAGUGAAGAUGACUUCGUCAUCAUGACAACAACUGAAAAGGAGAAGUACAAAUGUUUGUUGCCUUCACUGGCAAAUGGGGAAGAGGAUGAUGAUAAGGGGUAUGGUGGUCCCAGUCCAGGAGAGCUUCUGGAGCCGCUGUUCAAACGAAGCAGCUGCUCCUACAGGAUUGAGUCUUACUGGACAUAUGAAGUGUGCCACGGGAAGCAUGUCAGGCAGUAUCAUGAAGAGAAGGAGACGGGUCAGAAGAUCAGUGUUCAGGAGUAUUACCUGGGGAAUAUGGAUCAGAAGAGUCAGUCAGCUGAUACAGAUCAAGAUGAAGAGAGAGAAAAUGCUAAAACAGCUUCACAAAUAGAAGUGCCCACCAAAAACAUCGAAGGUCAGCUGACUCCAUACUACUCGGUGAAAAUGGGAUACGGGACUCCGUGUACGUUGAAGCAGAACCUGCCACGCUCCACCUCCGUGUUGUACGUCUGCCAUCCAGAAGCCAAACAUGAGAUUCUGUCCAUCGCAGAGGUCACCACCUGUGAAUAUGAGGUCGUGGUGUUAACACCUCUGCUGUGCACACACCCAAAAUACAGAUUCAAGUCCUCCCCAGUGAAUGCCAUCUUCUGCCAGGCUAUGGAGGGCUCCCCCCUGCAGCCCCAGAGGCUCACACAGUUAGAUAAAGAGCAAGAGGAGCUGCUUAAACCACCUUUCAGCACCAAUGCGGACAUCAGAGAGGAGGGAGUGUCACCGGUUAGAGAGGAAGCUUUCACCUCUACGCACAAACCCAUGACUGUUGGAGGACAAGUUCAGGUCACAGUGGGAACGACACACAUCUCUCGUUUGACAGACGACCAGUUGAUCAAGGAGUUUCUCAGUGGCUUGUAUUGUCUGCAAGGGGGCGUGGGCUGGUGGAAAUAUGAAUUCUGUUAUGGAAAACAUGUCCAUCAGUACCAUGAGGACAAAGAACAAGGGAAGAACAUCGUCGUUGUGGGGAAUUGGAAUGCAGAGGAGCACGUUGAGUGGGCGAAGAAGAACGUUGCCCGAUCCUACCAGCUCAAAGAAGAUGGGGCACAGAAAGUCAAGGUAGUUUCCCACUUUUAUGGACACGGGGAUUUAUGUGAUCUGACAGGAAAGCCCAGGCAGGUCGUCGUAAAGCUCAAAUGUAAAGAAUCUGAGUCUCCCCAUGCUGUCACUGUCUACAUGAUGGAACCUCAGACUUGUCAAUAUGUGCUUGGGGUUGAGUCCCCCGUCAUAUGCAGAAUUCUCGACACAGCUGAUGAGCACGGACUUCUGUCCAUCCCCAGUUAAGCUGGACAUAUCCAGUGACGGUGUUGAGGCAUGGAGAAUGACAGGACUUUUGUUAAACAGAGGCCUGUUUGGUGAAAGAAGAGACUUUGGAUGUUGUACUAAAAGCCAAAACUGUGGUUGAGCCUGAUUGUAAGGCUGGACUCCAUGUUGCCCAGGAAUCCUGGGCCAGUGCAGACGCGGCGCGCAGCCCGUGAUGUGACUUAAACGGACUUUUAAUGAGUGAAAAGGGGCUCAUGCUUCACCAAAGGGCAGCUGAUUUAAUGUCUGAACUCCAUAUCUAUGCUUCUCUUCAGAGUUGAUUAAUUGGAAACAAGAUUUGAUGAGUCACGGGAUUUUUUUAAUCAUUCAGGGGAAUCAACUCAGCUCACAUUGGUGGUUUUAUUUUCUCUACUGUGCAUUUCAGAGUGUGUUUGUGUGAGAUUUUAAACUGACUGGUUAUUUGUGCUAGCAGAUAAAAAAAUUGGACGUUUGGGAUCCCUUUGCAGCAGGAAGAGUGAGUGUGUUGCCAAUUUACAGAAUGAGUGUAAAUUAUGCAUGAGAGUGUGAUGUGCAUAAGCAGCAAAAGUUUGAAUGAAACAUUUGAAGAAUGUACAGAAUGUAUAUUGGUUCAAGGAUAUUCUGUGGUUUUAUAAAAAGUGCACACUGGGGAAUCUUAUUGCUGCUGUAUGAAGGGGCAUAAACUAAUGCUUUUGCUGCAGAAAAUAAAAUUACAUCGGAGUUCA